UUCUUAUCCCAGGAAUGCGUUCUUAUCCGACAAUACAGCCACCCGCGGCGAGGCUUUGGUUUUUAACCAAUCAGCUUGCAGCAGUACUGAUCAGGCACGGAUCCCUGUACUAGCGAGCAGACCACGAGCAGUUGCGUUAUUUUUCGUUGUCUGUUCUGGCAAUCGGCCGGCGGAUGAACAUCCGCAAUCGAAUCUUGAAAUCCGUCGCGCUGAUUGGUGAUGAGUUUCAUGAGCUACUUUCAUGAGGUCUAUGAAAGUAAACCUAUGCUAUGCCCUGAACAGAUGACAUCUCGUUCGGUAGCCAAUUGCUAAAAUGCAUUUUUAUCUUACGCAAGGCAGUAUACCAUAUUUUAUACCGUGGCUCUGAUCCGAAAUCAGGGCAUUUUUGUUCGAACAAAUACCUAUAAUAACGAUGAAGAAGUGCGUGAUCCGCGGAGCAAACGACCUACGUCGGGUCGGGACUGAUAUGCGUGUGACUGUGCACAAAUUCCGUAUACGCCUUGGGUUGCUGUCGCUGCUCGGUCACCCACAGAUGAAAGUGAUCAAGAAAUGGACAUCACUCAGGUGUGGGAUCACUCGUGGAAGUUCACGGCGGAUACGGAGCCGUGCAUGCAGCUCUGGUUCGAUCCUGCUCACGGAAGCCCCAAUGACGCCGUGGCGCGCAUCUGGGCUGAGAGGGUGGUGGCGGCCGGUGCGCGGGCGCUGCCGCGUGGCUGGUGGCCGCGGCCCUGGCGGCAGCGGCCCGCUCCUGACCCGGUCGCCCUGUGCCGAGCACAGAGCGCCGACUGAGGUCAGUCUUGUGAUCGAGCUUCCGCGCCGGAGGUGGAACAGGUGGAGCUGGCGGUCACCUGCGCGGGCUCGGCGGCCUGUAAGCCGUGCCGAGACGAACCGCGACACUCUUGCUAGAUCUGCACCCCAUUGUAAUCUUCUGUAGUCGAUAUUCGGUAGGUACUCAAUGCUCAUUUUUCUGAUAUUAGACGAGUGGCGGGUUUUGAUGUUACAUUGGAGACUGCUGUCUCGGGUGGCCCGACAGUGUUCGAUUGUGGUGUAAUGUAGAUACAUAGACGGGAUGCCGCGGCUCGGAUUCGUAGCUGGACUACCAUGUGCCUGUCGAUUGAGAUGCUUUGCCUGGCGAUUGAGAUGAUUCGGGGCGCGGCCCCACACUGACGCCAUGGUGCAAUGAGUGACUGGCGACAACUAAGCAAUUAUGUACUUUUGUAGAACACAUGUUUUCAUGGAUACGAGAGGCAGUCCUUUUUUCGCUAGCAGUCAUUUGGUUCACGAUACUUUCGAUACCGACAAAUAUGUUCGGGCGGCCGGUCCGUCCACAGCUAAUGCGUGCUUGCCCGCCGGUGCCUAACGGAGCGCUGUGCUGUCUACGCUCACUGGUCGCUGGCCCGAGAGCCGUUCGGUUGCUGCUGUUAAAACAGUUCUCACAAAAACACGCUGGCUGGCUGCCAGUUCUUCACCAAUGAGAGGCCCAGUAGCAUCAGCAGGUAGCAUUGUUUAAUAUUACUAUUCCAUUUUGUUUACCCAUAUGUCCGACCUAGAGCCGACUGGUAAAAAGCGGCAACCGAGCAGCCCUCCGCAGCGCUGCAGAUCAUGUACGCUCGAUUAUACACAAUAUAUGUGUCUUUCUUGCACACAGAGACAUGA